CAACCAACAUGAAAAUUGACAAGCAGUACCAUACAAAACUAGACAUAUACUCUCUGGAUUUGGCUCCAUUUGGAGACCUCUCAUAAGACUAGCUUUCAUUGUCUAGAAAGUUGACCCUAAGUUAAUAUAAUAUCUUGACCUGGUGCAUCUGUUUUUAUACUCCCCAAUAUCUUCAAAGCUCGUGUCAUAGAAUCCAAUCCCAUUUUUCAUACAGAAAUGGAAGUGAAAACAGAUCCAAGUUGUGAAGCAGACGAUGAUGUUUUCUACGCGGAGCUCAGAAGACAAAUUCUGCUUUUGACCUUGGAGGAUGAUGAUGAAAAUGCCGUAUUUCCAAAAACCAGACGUUUGGAUGCUAAAGGAGGCGCCAAACAGGGCUCAGGCAGCGGUGUGCCGGCUGUUCGACUCCCCGGAAGCUGUUUCGGUUGGUCGGAGAAUGAGAACAGUAACGCAGUACCCACCUGGCUAGUAAACUUGUGGAGGCAUGGGAAUGGAACUGGGGUGUUCAUACCUCAUAUCGCCAAAUCCAGAAGACGGCCCAAAUCCGAAAGAAGGAACAACGCAAGAGGAAGAAUGUACAAGCCAGUGGCAAAUGAGAAUGAAUGACUGCGCAACUCCACCCCAAUGUCACAAGUAGUAGAAUAAUACCGCAUAAACGUGUGAAAUGGCUAUGGAAAGAGUAGGAGAGAUUAGUCCGAGGUGAGUGCAAGCUGGCC